AACACUGCACCCGGUGAUGACAGAUCCAAAGCAUCAGAGCAAAGCCUCAUCCUCUGGUCUGGGCUCCUGGCGGGCAGGCGGGGAGAGCGCUGCCUGCUCCGCCUGAAGCCAGGGUCAGUCGGGCCCCGGCAGAAGGCGCUAUGAGCGCAGAAUCCCUGUGGCUGCUCUGCCUCGGGCUGUGCCUGGGCCUUGCAGACCAGGGAGAGAACGAGAAACUUCCCAGGCCCUCGCUCUGUGCCUGGCCUAGCUCCGUGGUGGAACUGGGGAGCAGUGUGACUCUGCAGUGCCGGGCUGGUUUCCAGAAUGCCACCUUCAUGCUGGGGAAGUUGCACGACCCCGGGUUCAAGCAAGAGCAGAGCUCAGCAGAAACCAAGGCUGAGUUCCCCCUGGCCAGCCUGCAGCCUGAGGAUGCCGGGGGCUACUUCUGUGCCUACAAGACGGCAGCCACCGGCCAGUGGUCAGAGCAGAGCCAGCGCUUACAGCUAGUGGUCACAGGAUCCUGGCCAGCACCUUCCCUCUCAGUCAGUGCAGACCCCGAGGCUGCUCCAGGUCACAGGACGCUGCGAUGCCUGACUCCAAACAAUGGCUCUGAGUGCCUCAUCACCGCUCUGCUGAGAACAGGCACCCCAGACCCCGUGCAAGUCAAGGAGGGGAGAGAAAACCAAACCGACUUCACGCUCCGCGAGUCGAGCGAGGACAGGGGAAGCUACAGCUGUGUGUACUACCAGUGCGACUGGCCACACCUGGGCUCCUCCCGCAGCAGCCGCCUGGAGAUGCAGGCGACAGAUGAAACCGAUGGACCUGGAGCUCCCUCCACAAAAACAGACCUCAGAAGCAUCCUUGCCGCCACCUUUAGCUGCCUGGCCAUCGUCCUCCUCCUCAUCUGUGUCUUCCUGGUGGAUGGGUGGACACGGCAAGACGCGUCGGGCGGAGACUCCUCCAAGAGAAGCAGCCAUUCCAAAUGUGACAAGCAGGAGACUUCAGAUUUCGCUCACCUGGAAAAUUCACCUGUCCCCAAGGCCUGGGGGACCCAGCAGGAUCGCAGACGUCAGGUUCGUCAGGGUCUCUGUCCCGGGUCGGCAUCCCAGCCUCACAGAACCCACGGUUGGUCUGCUGAAGUGACCCAUGUUGAGCUGAACGCCGACAUACCCUCCGAGGUGGCUUCUGUCCCCGCUGAGGUGCCCCCAGCAUCUCGAGAAGGUGCAGAGCUGGAAGUGUAGAAGAGGGGGACGCGCUGGGGGAGGGAUUAGGAGCACGGUGGUGAUUGGGAAUGCGGAAAUCCAUUUGUCCCUGCGGCCUUGCUCGUAGCCACAUCAAUAAAAGAAGUUUCUCAUCUCAGAA